CAACUCCGACCGAUCAGUUGGUCGUGUUCGGUUGCGGCGUGAUCAUCGCGAUGUUACUCGGGAAGUUACUAGUUUUGUGCCUUUUAGCAGUAUGUGAAGCUCGGAUGCCACUCGGCGUCCGGGAGGCUCUGCUGGCGCUGAAACGGAACCCUCCGGCCAACAACGAGUGGUGGAAGACGGCCACUUUCUACCAGAUCUAUCCGCGAUCCUUCAAGGAUAGCAACGGCGAUGGGAUUGGUGAUCUGCGCGGGAUCAUCGAGAAGCUGCCCUACCUCAGGGAACUCGGAGUUCAGGGCUUCUGGAUGUCGCCGAUCUUCAAGUCUCCGAUGGCGGACUUUGGGUACGACAUCUCGGAUUACUACGACAUUCAGCCGGAGUACGGCACGAUGGCCGACUUCGAUGCGCUCGUGGCGGAAGCCAAGCAGCUGGGACUGAAGGUGAUCCUGGACUUUGUACCGAAUCAUUCGAGCGACGAGAACGAGUGGUUCAAGAAGUCGGAGAAUCGCGAGGCAGGAUUUGAGGACUUUUACGUGUGGCAUCCGGGCAAGCCGAAUCCGGCGGACCCGUCUAAACCUCUGCCACCGAACAACUGGGUCAGCUUCUUCCGAGGAUCUGCCUGGCAGUGGAGUGACAAGCGCAAAGAGUUCUACCUGCAUCAGUUUUCGGUGAAGCAACCCGACUUGAACUAUCGCAAUCCGCGGGUCGUCGACCAGAUGAAGGACGUCAUGCGGUUCUGGUUAAAGCGAGGUGUGGACGGAUACAGGAUCGAUGCCGUACCAACGCUGUUUGAGAUUGAGCCCGACGCAAGUGGGAACUACCUGGAUGAACCGUUGAGUGGGAACACGAAUGAUCCGGACGACCCAGGUUACACAAUCCAUAUCUACACGCAGGAUCGCAAUGAAACGCUGGACAUGGUGUACCAGUGGCGUGCCGUGUUGGAUGAGUUUCAGAAGGACAACGGCGGGGACGCGAGGGUUAUGAUGACGGAGUCGUACUCGAGGAUCGACAUCGUGAUGAAGUAUUACGGCAAUGGGACGGUGCUGGGAUCGCACAUUCCGUUCAACUUUCGGUUCAUAACGGACCUGGGGAAGGAUUCGUCGGCGAUGGACAUUGAUAACACGAUCAAGUACUGGAUGACCAAUAUGCCCACGGGGCAGGUGGCGAAUUGGGUGAUGGGCAACCACGACCAGCACCGCGUGGCCUCCAGAUUCGGCGAGAACAAAAUCGACCUCCUCAACAUGGUCCUGAUGUCCCUGCCAGGCGUGGCCAUCACCUACAAUGGCGAAGAAAUCGGCAUGACGGACGUGUGGAUCUCGUACAACGACACGGUCGAUCCGGCCGCUUGCAACGCCGGCCCGGACAAGUACCAGUACACGACGCGUGAUCCGGAGCGGACUCCGUUUCAGUGGGACGAUAGUAAGGACGCUGGGUUCUCAACGGCUAACCACACCUGGCUGCCAAUGUCGCCGAGCUAUCGGGAGGUCAACGUGAAUGUUCAGCAAGAGGUCGACGGGAAUAGCCACUUGAAGGUUUACAAGCGGUUGGGUUAUUUGCGGAGGAAUUUGGCUUGGAUGAAGGGAACGCUGAAGACUGCGGUUAGUGGGGACGUUUUGGUGAUCUUUAGGGAGUUGAAGGGUUACGACUCGAUGGUCACAUUGGCGAAUAAUGGGGUUGGUCAGCAGACGGUGGACAUCUCCAAGAUGGGUUACUUGCCGCUAGAGAAGUUUGGGGUUUAUCGAGCGGUUUCGGUGAAUUCUAUCCACCAGGAAGGUGAACCUGUAGCUGUUGGUAGGAUUGUACUGGAUCCAUUCGAGUCGGUUGUUAUCAGUGCCAAAAGUAACUAUUUCUACUAUGAAGUGCUCAACUCUCGACCCAAUGAUGGCAAAUAACUAUUAAUCUUAAAGUAAAUAUUGUCGAAGGUAAAUGUUAGUGCAAACCCAGAAGAAUAAUAAACACUUGACUGUAAUCAA